ACAGAAUCCUCAUAAUUCCAAAAGGGGGCACCUCCUCCCUUCCUUUUCCUUCCUGCCUUUCUUCCUCAUCCUCUCUCUCCCUCUCUCUCUCUCUCUCUAAGCAGUCCAAGUCCGAUUUCUCAGGUUGCUUCGUUGCCCUGUCCAAUUCUCGAAUCUUCUGAAGAUUAUUUUAUUCACAAGUUUGUUCAUCAUCUCUGUUUGGGCUCUCUGUGGAAACUCCAAAUCCUCGCUAAAACCCGUUACCAUCUACGGUCUUCUGAUUUUCUCCUUCUUCCAUAGUUCUUCAACAAAAGGAUAUAGUUUUGAGAAAUCAGCAUGAUGGGUUUGGUCUUUCCAUCUGGUUUGAUGACAAGUACUGGCUAUGUUGGUCCAGACAAAGAAUUUGAUUGGUUGUUGUCUGCCUUUGCUGGCAUUGUUAUGUGCAAAAUUGUUUAUGAAUUAACAGGUGUGGUUAGUCUGUUGUUCUUCAAGGGGUAUGCCAAGCUCAACGAUGCAGAAAAACUUGAAUGGAACAACAGGGGUUUCUCUACAUUCCAUGCUCUUGUUGUGGCAGUGGCUUCUGUCUAUCUCUUGCUAUUUUCAGAUCUUUUUGAUGAGAAUUAUGAUAACAAGUUAAUUGUCCACAGAAGUUCUACUUUAUCAGACACCAUAUUGGGGAUAUCCAUUGGUUAUUUUCUGUCAGACUUGGCGAUGAUUCUUUGGAAUUAUCCAGCUUUAGGUGGUAUGGUGUAUGUCUUGCACCAUGGACUAUCAAUGUUCUCAAUCUUCCUCUCCCUUGUACAUGGUCAAGGACAGUUUUACAUACUAAUGGUUCUCUUUACCGAGAGCACAACUCCCUUUGUUAAUUUAAGAUGGUACUUGGAUGUCGCUGGUCAGAAGAAUUCUAAACUUUACGUCUGCAACGGUGUUGCCUUAUUUUUUGGGUGGUUGGUUGCAAGGAUUCUUCUGUUCAUCUUCUGCUUUUACCAUUUGCUUACCCAUUUUGAUCAGGUCAAGCAAAUGAUGCCCUUGGCUUUCUACACCUUGCUUGCAGUGCCUCCGGUGUUGGCAGCGAUGAAUUUGUUUUGGUUUUGGAAAAUUGCCAAAGGUAUGAUCAAAACUCUCUCUAAGGCGAGACACAGUCACAGUCAGUGAUUGACCAUGGUCCUUGUGAUUCUUCUGUACAUGCACAUCACUUCAGUUGGCUUUAUUGAAGGAGCUACAUGAAUUUCACCCAGUGUACAUCUUGUAGUUGUAUAUUUCUCUUUUAUUGGUUUUCUGGGUCUUCAUCUGGUUACAAGAACACCAACAAAUUGUUGUGAAUUGAAUAGCAAAUGGUCAAUGAAAGAAAUGCAUGGACAUUGAAGUUCUCUCACUAUCUGGAUUUCUAUCUUUUCUUGUGGAUCAGGAUUUUUCUGUCAUUCUUUUCUUUGCAGUGAUCUUGUUGUAGUGAUUUAAUGGUCCAAGUUUGAAGCUGAAGUAAAAACUCAUCGUUUGGAGUUUAAAAUAAAAAAUGGUUUUCUAUUGUCA